GACUCCCGCGGUUCCCCCCUUCAUUUCCCCUUUUUCUGCUCGGUAUGGACUUUCUCUCAAUUCCUUAUUCCUUAUGCCUCCCGUCAUCUCGCGGCCUCCGCCCAUUCCCACCUCACAACCCGAGUCUCCCCAACGCCGCCACCCCGGGCUCCUCCUUGCGGGCCCACAGAAGGGCCCCUCCACGGCCAACACGGACCCCGCCGUCUCGUGUGAGCCGAGCCCCACAGACGCGUGUCAGGUCUCCCCUCCGAACCCUUCCCCCCCCCCCCCCGUAAGCCUCGUUCUCCAGGCUCCAUACCAGCUUGCCCACCCCGGGGUCCUUCCUGAGGUAAAAGAGGGCAGGCCGCUCCGCCUCUCCCUUCUCCGCCUCACAGAGGCCUUUCCCGGCCCUCUCGGCUCCAGCGCACUCACCUGAGCUUCGGGGGUCUCGCAGCAGCAGCAGCAGCAGCCGUCGCCACCACCUCUCCCUCCUCCCUUCGACCCGGCCCAGGCCCAUGUCCCAGAGGCGAAACGGCGGAGGGAAGAUGGGCUGGAGGACGGCCUUCGCUUCCGAGGCGGAACUGGGCUGAGGCGGCGGAGAGGCGGCCCGUGGGCGGGGAUAGGGGUGGCUCUUCCCUCAGCGGCGGGGCUCGGGCCCAGCCUCCCUGGCAAAGGGGCUGGGCUGCGGGAAUGGCUUGCUUACUCGUAGGGAAGCGUGUGUUGGGGUAGCCGACUGAUAAACAGCAGCCACCAAAUCUUUAUUUUUGAUUUUUGUUCAGGGUUUCAAGAGUGUAUAUAUGAGGUGGGGAACUUUCAUGGACGGGGUUUCGCCCGUCUUUUCUCUGAAGGAUUCCUCGCCUGCCAAAAACUUAAGUCCUCUGGGAAAGCAGAGCUGCUUUCUUUUGUGGAUUAUAGGGACAGAACUACCGGUUUUUAUCAUAUGUGGUGGUCUUGUAGUUAAGGAUAAGUGCCGGAUUUACGUAUAAGCUAAACAAGCUAUAGCUUAGGGCCCCACUUUCUUGGGGGGCCGAAAAAAAAUUAAAGGAAAAAAAAACCCCUAGAUGUGCAUUUCAAAAAUAUAAGAUAAAAAAUAAAAUAAAACCUACAUACAGCAAGUGUUUUGUGUUGUGUAGGCUCCUAUUAUGUAAGUAAUAGGCCCCGCCUGCUCCCUAAAAUAUCACUGGUUUGCUCAUUUCUAUCUAUAGGGUGCCUACACUUUGCAUGGACUUUGCAACAAUUAGUUUGAUAAAAUACAUAUUUUGUUAUGUGCAGAUGGUUUUAGAUACCUAUUAGGUCCAGAAAUUACCAUAUUCAACACAAAAAAACAGCAGCAGUUUGUUGUUGACAAAGGACAGCUGGACAUAUAAAGGGCCCCAUUACCUUCAGUAGCUUAGGGCCUCAUCAAACCUAAAUCCAGCCCUGAGUAAGGUUAAAGCUUACUGGGAAAUGAUACACAAUGGAUUGAAAAGGAUGUUCAAAAUAACAUUUGUAAAAAAAACAAAGCCAACAGCUUUUUGGGGGGAAUUAUAGGGACAGAAUUACCAAAAAUGUAUAGAAACUUAUUCUUGUACGCUAUUACAGUGGCAAGAAUGUUACUCGCCCCAAAAUUUUAAGAAGCAGCAAAGGAAGAAUGGAUGCAAAAACUUAUGGAAUAUGCAGAAAUGGCAAAACUUGCAGGAAGAAUAAGGAAUAAAGAUAACCAACUCUUUAUAAAAGAAUGGAAAUGAUUUAUUGAAUAUUUACAGAUCAAUUGUAAACAGAUGAGAACACUGGCAGGAUUGUUGUAAUAAUGUGCAGUUUCAGAAGAGCAUAUAUUUUAAAGAUGAAUAAAGGAGCAAAUUAAGGUAAUUUGGAGUAUGCAGAAGAUAUUAAAAAUACAUUUAAGGAACCACAGAAAGGGGGUAGGAAGUCAAGUUUUGAAAUGUUAAAAUGAUUGUAAAAUUAGUGAAAUGUAUAAACCUGAAAAGCGUAAAUAAAAUUUAAAAAGCAGACGGAGCUGCUUCAAGCUGCAAAGGGCAACCAUCAGAUACAGUGUGAUGUACUGUAGGGUUUUUUUGUUUGUUUGUUUUUAUGCUUUUUAUGUUGUUGUAAAGCACCCUGAUGUUUUAUGAGGAAGGUAGAUGAAUUCUUUGAGAACUUCUAAAAUGUUGCUUUUCGCUUUCCAGUUCUCCAAUAAUUAAAGCAGUUGCUGGAUUCCUGUGAAAUAAUGAACCCACAAGCUUUUGGUAAUGCCCCGUUGGUGUAGAUGGCUGAACUAUCCAUGCUGUGCAACUUUUAAGAUGGCAAACUUUCUGUUUCCCCUAUUGCAAAAUAACUGAACAAACUCAAAGAUCUGAGCUUCUUGGAAAUAACCAAUACAUUGCAAUUUUUCUACUCCAGAAAGUCUGCCCAGUCAUUUUGCUAGUGAAUCGCCAUCUCAUAGAUGUUGGGAAGAACAGACAAAAUAAAACUUAUAAAACAUUUUGCAAGCCCCAGCAUACUUUAUACUUACUGAAGUUAGUUGGACUAGUUGUUGAGCAAACGUAUUUAGAUUGGAGGCUUACUAAUUCUCUUUGGUUCCACAGUAGGCUUCUGCACUCGGGAUUGCUCUGUAAAAUGGGUGAAAAGGGUUACUUUGAAUUGCAAACUCCACAGGAGAACUGGGUGGAGAGGUUGAGUCAACAAGAGGGAUAUAGUGGAAUUUUUAAGUGGAGGCACAAGCUUUGUGCUAUUUUGAUUAUAGGAAUUUGCUUUCAGUCUUAUCUUUGGGACUACAGUACAAUGGCAGGGUGUCCUAAACUCAUAUUCUUUGUCUCCUCGCUGCAAAGCUACAUAAGCAAAGUCCAUAAUCUGACCCCAAAUAAAAAUAGCAGAGAAGUGUUAGGAACAGUUUGGGAAUGGAGAAGGCAUCCCACAUUGAAAUUUUAUUUGCACCCAGCAACGUUAAAACAUCAUUAGGGUGAAGCAGUUAGUGGCCUAGAGUUCAUCAUAUGAUCCCUCUCAUUUAAGAAAUUAAUACCACUUUACAAGCCUUCUCAAAUAUUUCCAUAAUUAUUCAUACUGUAAAAGUAAAACCUGAACUAGAGAGAAACUAUGUUCAGGUUUUAUCAGAUAAAAACACACCAGUCUUGCUUAUACAAGCAGCAGCAAAGCACAUUAUGGAUUCCUUUCUCCUUAUGAAAUGUUACCACACAGUAUGCUCCAUGGUAUUAUAAAAUAGCAGUUAUAAAACAAGUGAUCAAUCUGUAGCAUGCCUAAUAUAGGUAUGGCAUGCAUAAAGAUAAAAAAGGUAAAGGACCCCUGACAGUUAAGUCCAGUCCAGUUGCUGACGACUCUGGGGUUGCGGAGCUCAUCUCGCUUUACAGGCUGAGGGAGCCAGCGUUUGUCUGCAGACAGUUUUCCCGGGUCAUGUGGCCGGCAUGAUUAAGCUGCUUCUGGUGCAACGGAACACCGAAACCAGAGCAGCACAUGGAAACGCCGUUUACCUUCCCGCCGGAGUGGUACCUAUUUAUCUACUUGCACUUUGGGGCGUGUUUUCGAACUGCUAGGUUGGCAGGAGCUGGGACUCGAACCGCCAACCUUCUGAUUGGCAAGCCCAAGAGGCUCAGUGGUUUAGACCACUGCGCCACCUGCGUCCCUAUGGCAUGCAUAGUGUUAUUCAAAUAAUUUGCACUCUGCAGCACAGUAUAAAAAACUAGAUGGCAUUAUCUAGAUUUGGCAAGCUACAUCGCAGGUUAAAACAAACAUAAAGUGCUCUGUACAUAUAAACCUAUAGAAAUAAAUAAAAAUAAGUGUAACAACUAGAGAAAUGUUUACCAGUCGCAUUACUAAUAAAAAUGACUCAAAGCAACUUACAAACACAACAGAAAUACAGUGGUACCUUGCAAGACGAAUGCCUCGCAAGACGGAAAACUCACAAAACGAAAGGGUUUUUGGUUUUCUUAGUUGCUUCGCAAGACGAUUUUCCCUAUGGGCUUGCUUCGCAAGAUGGAAACGUCUUGCAAGUUUGUUUCCUUUUUCUUAAAACCGUUAAUACAGUUGCGACUUGACUUCGAGGAGCAACUCAUAAUGGCACGCGGUGUUGUAGCCUUUUUUGAGGUUUUUGAAGACUUUGGUGAUUUUUGAAGCUUUUCCAAAACUUUUCCGACACCGUGCUUCGCAAGACGAAAAAACUCGCGGAACGAAUUAAUUUCAUCUUGCGAGGCACCACUGUACUAAAACCAGGCAUAGGCAACCUCGGCCCUCCAGACGUUUUAGGACCACAACUCCCAUGAUCCCUAGCUAAUAGGACCAGUGGUCAGGGAUGAUGGGAACUGUAGUCCCAAAACAUCUGGAGGGCCAAAGUGGCCUAUGCCUGACUAAAAUCAAUUCCAAUAAACACCAUCAAUAAAAACCUGAAAAACGGGAUAUUUUGCUAACAGUGUGUUGCCAAAGCUUCAAAUUGCUGUUAUGGGAUUUUGUGUUUGUGCACGUAAUGAACUGAAUGAGAUUUAUAUGGAUCUGUUAAUGGAAAAAUAUAUUUUUGUUUUUAAAUGUGUUGUAAUUCAUUUGGAGAUCUUUGUAGCAAGUGACCAAGAAGUCUAAUAAAUAAUAGGAUCAAGUGCUUCAAAGGAAAAAAUAAAUAAAUGAGAUAAAUGACUGCAAAGAUGUUGUUUAUCCCUCCCUGACUUUUAAAAAAGCUACCCAAGACUAUCAAGCCCAUAGUUUUUAAUGUAAUCAAUCUUUUAUAAUUUACAGCUAAUCUUGUUUAGGAAUCAGUAAUUCUAUUGUCAAGCAGAAGCUCCCUUAUUGUACAGUAUUCAUUCCAUUUGGCCAGGUUAGGAGAAGCACCAGUAAUUGGAGAACAAAGCUUUAAACUCUACGAACAAACAUUUUGUCCUGCACCCAACUACUGGUAGUUUCCAAUACCAGAAACACUUGUUCCAUUUGCAGAAAUAUCUGUAGGAACAAUGAAGUUGAAGAAACAAUACUAAACUGUCCGAUGUUUGGCAGGUGUCUGCAAGAUCUACACUGCAUUUGAAAGAGCCAUCUCAUCUAGGCAAUGAAAUCUCUUCCUGGACACUGAUGUCCCAUGGAACAGCCCCUGCAAAUUUACUUAUGGCACGUUGUUUUGUCAUUUCACAUUUAAUGUGUAUAUGAAACCAGGUGAGAAAUUUACACCCAUUAGUGUGUGGGUAGAACCUAUCUCUUUCCACCUCCCUCUCCAGACCUGCCCUCUCAGUUCUUUCACCGCUAAUAUAAUGGAUAGUGUUAGAUUGAACCCAAAUCCUACUUAACCAUGAUGCUUACUAGAUUACCUUGGGCCAAGCCUACCUCACAGGAUAAGUGGAGAAGAGAAAGCUCAUGUGACACCCUGAGCUCCUUGGAAGACAAAAACCGCAAUAAAACUCAUUAACAGGAUAGCUCAUGGAGAAAGAAUGGCAUACAGGGUAUCGUAUCAGGUAAAGGGACCCCUGACUGUUAGGUCCAGUCGUGACCGACUCUGGGGUUGCGGCGCUCAUCUCGCUUUAAAGGUCGAGGGAGCUGGCGUACAGCUUCCUGGUCAUGUGGCCAGCAUGACUAAGCCGCUUCUGGCGAACCAGAGCAGUGCACAGAAAAGCCAUUUACCUUCCCGCCGGAAUGGUACCUAUUUAUCUACUUGCACUAUGACGUGCUUUCGAACUGCUAGUUUGGGAGGAGCAGGGACCGAGCAACGGGAGCUCACCCCAUAGCGGGGAUUCAAACCGCCAACCUUCUGAUCGGCAAGCCCUAGGCUCUGUGGUUUAACCCACAGCACCACCCGCACCCAUCAUAUCAAUGGUACUCUGAAAGUACUUUCUAUUGCUUUUUGCUUGCUUUAGAAAAAACAAAAAACAGAAACUAAAUAGUAAAAGAGAGAUACAGUUGAAGUAAGGAAGUUGAGAAUGAUUUUUUUCACUACUUCCCAAAAACAUUUGUUCCCAAAGACAGAAUUGGAAAGAGUUAGACUACCAGCAAAUUUUAUGCUUGUAGGGAGUUUUCAGGAAAAGGAACCAUUAGGAAAGCUUGGAAUACUAAUCCAUUUAAAGUGAAUCUUUUCCACAAAUUAAGAUUUUCUGCCAGUCUCUAAAACACUGAUGAACAUCAAGCUCAAUUUACUUACUUACUUACUUUACAGUAUUUAACAACUCAAAUCCCUGAUGCAGCUAUAAGACACUUGUGGUUCUCCAUAGUUGGAUUCAAACUCCCAUUAGCCCCCGUCAGCAAGGAUCAGGGAUUAAAAUGGUAAUCUAGUAACAUCUGGAGGGCCACAGGUUACCUACCCCUGCCCUGAAAAAAUCUUCACAGUAAGAUACCUUUUCUCAUGCCAGUUCUGAUUUACUCACAAUAUUAUCUUCCUAUAGUGGUUUUGCAAUUGACAAUAAUGUGGUGGCUCCUUGUGUGUGGAAAGCUCUCCCCAGGGAGGCUCAUCUUUGUUACAGAUCUUUAGGCACCAGGCAAAAACAUUCCUCUUCAACCAGGCCUUUGGCUGUUAACCCAUCUAUUGUCUUUUUCUAUUAUUUAUUAAAUUUACAGCAUUAAAAAUACAGUAACUUGGAUUCUCAGGCCAUACUGUAAAAGGCCCUGUACUAUCUGGAAAAGCUUUGUCAAGACAGCAUAGUGAGGAUGCAAUGGUGGCAGUAAAGCAUUGCUUCUUUGCUGCCUUCACUGACAAGUAGGCUUGAUAAUAAGCCCUCAGCAGUGUUCAACUGCAUGCAACUGGAGUUUUCCUCCACUUGCGUUUAAGCAGUCUUCCAACUUGUUUCAUGGCUCUGAACUCUGGAGUAUACCAAGGAGCCAAGCAGGCUCUAUGAAGCAGGAGAGCCUUUGGAUAUUUCACAAGUUGGCCAAGGCUUCAAAAGAAACAGCUGUCUUGUCAGCUGGAAAAUCUCCCCAAGCUGUCUGGAACUCAACUGGAUCCAUCAGCUUCUGAGUGCAGACCAUCCUGCACAUUCAUCAUUCUUGUUUUUUGUUGAUAAUUGUUAAUUUCUUGCGGGAAGACUGAUGAUAAAACUGCACUGCUGCAACUAUGUCCCAGUUACCAACUCACAAUAGUCGUACCUUGGUUUUCGAACAGAAUGCGUUCCGGGAGUCCAUUCAACUCCCAGAAUGGUUCGAAAACCAAGGCACAACUCCCAAUUGGCUGCAGGAGAGUCCUGCAGCUAAUCAGAAGCCAUGCUGGAUGUUCAGUUUUUGAAAUCAUUCGAAAACCAGAACUCUCACUUUCAGUUUUCAAUUGUUUGGGAGCCAAAAUGUACAAGUACCAAGGCGUUCGGCAACCAAGGUACGACUGUAGUCAGAAUCUCUUUUUUAAGUGCACACUCAUUUUUUGGAUUGGCUCUUAUCUGUACAGCCAUGAUAAACAUAACUUUUUAUGUUUCAUUUUUCAUAAUCACAGAAAACGGGGACAGGUUCGUAAGCCUCUGUAGUCACUGCUUCAAUCCCCAUCACUCAAGCUCUCUUCUGCUUUCAACUCCAGUAACUUUCCCCCAGUGAUCAUGGCUCUACAACCUCUAUGAUACAGUAAAUCAGGUAUUUCCAUUAUUUCUAAUGUGUGUUUUUCUACUGAGCAAUGAAGUACAUUUUUGCACAGCAGCAGCUUCAUCCAGUUACUCAGAAUUCAUAGAUUUGUAUGCUGACUAGUUAGUUGGUUUGCAGAUUGUGUCCUUGAUGGCCCAUGCUGAAUGAUACACCUUUUUUUUUGUUGAAGAGAUAGGUGAUCUUCAAAUUGUUCCAUUGUUUUGUUAUCUAUAAAGGGAAAAAGAGAGUACUAAUCAGUAAUGUAACCCGUAUACUUGGUGCAGCCUUAUUAAUUAAUUGCAUCAAAUAAUGCUGCUACAUCACCCACUAUAGUGGGUUGGGAUAAACAAGCAUCUGCAUUGUUGUAACUCACAUGGAUACACUCAUGCCAGCCUUAAUAAAGAUGUUGAAUUCAAGAUCCCCUACAGAGCCUUCAAUCUCUGGAUCUCUGCCUGAAUCCUUAAAACUGACAUUACCAUGCCAUAUCACAUAAUGGUUUGGGUCUUAUCUGAGAACAGCUAAACCUCUGAAAGCAGUCAUUAUUUUUACCUGCACUAGCUACUGCAACAGAAGAUACCAUUUGGAUUAAAAGUCCAUUCCAUUCAGCAACCUGUUCAUCAAAAUGCAGGGUUUCAGACACAAGUAAGAAAGUGGUUUGCAAGUGGAAAUGUAGGGUAAGAGAGGACUAGAAGAACAGGACAAAUGUGGGGGCACAGUUUGUGCGGUAACCACCUGUUUUUCUCACAGAACAGCAUCAGGUUAGUUACAGUGGAUGAACAAUGAAAGCACAGCUUUGCUGAUGGUACUGCAAGAAUCGCUUCACAAAAACAUGUUCAUAGGCCUGGAAUCAAGAUACCAGCAGAUACAUUGAGAUAAGAAAGGAGUAGAAAGGCUCCUCAUUUCUGGGAGUCUGUCUGCACUUGGCUUGCAGCCUGCAUUCACUACUGACCCUGCAGUAAUAUUCUGCUGUUACAAGGCACAGUGGAAGCUGUCAUGUAGCCAACAUAAAGCACUCUGAAUCUUAUGGGAAACUUACUAAAUACAAAUUAUAUUUUAUUAAAUUUACAAUAUAUUUUGAAACGUGGUUUGUUCUGAGCUGCCCAGAGUACAGUGAUUGCAGUGAAUUGACAGGGCAUGGUUUCUUCAUAAAACACACACAGAAUGCUCCCCACCCCAUUCACCAGGCUUGAUGAAGAUUGCUCAUUUUGUGGGGUCCUAGUAAUGGUAUUACCCCACUAUUCCUUUUUUGAAUUUUCCCUAAUUACAAUAAGGCUGUGCAUACACCAUACAUCCAAAGCACACUCCAGCCUCCGUCGAAGAAUUCUGGAAAGUUAUUAAAGGUAUUGGGAAUUUCAGUGUGUGUGUACAAACUUUUCCCAUGAUUUUUUUGGGGUGUGUGUGUGCUUUGCUUGAAAUGCAUGGCUGCGCACACUGCCCAACAGAGCUACCCUACUUAUUUUCUAAUUUAAGUUUAUGAAGUGGCUUUCUUUCACCUACAAUCCUAUGCAGACUUACUUGCGAGUAAGCCAUACUGCACCGAGCAGCAUACAGACACAAGCUUGCUUUUUUGCACUCUCUCAUACGUUGCCCUGGAAACGAAACACACUGAAACAUAUUGAGGUUUGCACAGGAUCUCACUGCGAACUCACGGCCCACUCCUACACGUGUCUGCUCUGAAGUAACACCUACGAAGCUAUUCCUAGGUAGGUGGCAUGGGACUGCAACCUGAACAUUAAUACUCCUCUUUGGCACCUCUUGACUUACUAUCCUAGAGCUGAAAAAGACCUAAUACCCUCAGUGAAGCGCCUGUUGAGGAGCCUAAACACGCCUCCCCUUCUGAACCCGUCCCCACCCCCUCCGCCGUUCAGGCGGGAAAAGAAAACCCCCAACGGCAGAAGAUGGCGGCUCCCUUUCUCGCCUCGUCUCCCCCUCCCUUCUUCCGGGCUCUGCGCGUGCGCCGUGCGCCUCCUCCGACGGCCGUAUCCCUCCGCCGCUUCCCCCCUCUUUUGUCCACCGACCGUUUGUGCGGUAAAAUAAUCCCGCGCCCCGAUGAGGGCGAAAGCGCCCCCUCCGGUUCGCAAGCUCGGGGGCGCGGCCCCCUCCCCGUUUCCACAAGGGGAGGGUAUUCCUCAGGAGAGGCGCCUCAGCGCGGCCAAAGUGGGUCCUCCGCGCUGGCUCCCCCGCCCCCUCGGGCCUCUCCUCCUUCCUCGCUCGCCUCACUCCUCACCAGAGCGGCCGCCUGUGUCCUUCCGCCGAGCGCGCGCGGGGACUUUUUUGUGGGGCUUUUGGGCGCCUAUGAGAAGCGGCGGCGGCCUUGGGCGCCCCUGCUCGUCGUGCUCGUGGGCGGCGGCGGCCGGGCGCGGGCAGCACGGUAAGCGAGGCCUGCUCCCUUCCUCUUCCCUUCCUUUCCCCCCACCUCCAAUGGCCGGGCCGGCCAAGCUUUUCCAGGUCAGUCUGCGCCUUUUUGUAUAGGGCCCUUGUUACCGGAUGUGGAAGUUGAUCUCUUCUUCGCUGGUAAAAAAUAAUUCCACUUCCCCCGGAACCCGGCGCUUACCGCGGCUCCCUCCGCUCCCUUCAAGCGCCCAACCCAGCCAGGAUUUCCUGUCGGGGAAAAGCGGGGACGGGAGAGGCCUUCCGGGGAUCUGGCGCUGAGGGGGGCUCCGCCUGAGGGAAAUGGAGCCGGCGGGAAGCCGAGGCUCCCUGCGUGAGGGCAGAGGCAGGAGACGGGGCGAGCUGGCGAGCGAGGCCUUGGCCGAAGCUGAGGCGCGCGAGCGGCUGCCCUUCGCGCCCACACUCGCGUUAUGCCGCCGUUCACACGUUCCUUCGAAUCCCGACCCGUGUUUAUUCUCGAGCAUGCGCUGUUCCGCGCGUUUGGGCUAAAGAAGCCUCGGCCCCGGGGAGCUGACUCCGAGCGGGGAGGCCUGCCCUUCCCGCCCGACGCGGGUUGCAUUUUGAGGCAGGGUUUGCUCCUGCUGAGAAGGGAGCGCCUCUCUGGACGGCCCCGUCGCGGCCUCGGGCCCGCCGGUGCGCCUGUUGCUUGGGAACCCGGGCUCGUUAAACACACCCACCCCAGGGAACGUUGGGUUGUGCGUAAGCGUGCGUGAAGUCGGGGCGCGCGCUUACUCGGGAGUAAGACCGCAGUCCUGGGGAGUGAGCCCCAUUGAAGACAGCCGGUGGCUCUGUUUGAGUAGACAUGCGGUUGGGAUCGGGCUGCUCAAGAUCCACUUUCCAACGUGCUCUCUCGGCCUUUGGUCUUCUCUGGAGCAAGCGGGCUUCCCGUUGUGUGACAAAAGUCCUCUUUUGCACCUUAGUGGAUUCAAACACUCCCGAGGGCGAAUGGGUGGCUGUUUUUGGGGAAUGGCCAACAAAACAUAACAUCUAGUCGCCUUGGAGUUUCAUUUUUUGGACAUCUCCCUGGUUCUGCCUCUUAGGAUGAAUUUGCCUCUGUUCCAUGGGGCAAAUGGUGUUUGAUACAAUCAGUGGUUUUUUUCCUGGGGGUACGCAUACCCCUAAACAUUUUGUGAAUCUAUGUUUGGCAUCCUUGAGAGUCAGUAUUUCAAUAUGAGUAGGAAAAUGAGAGUACCGCUAAACAUUUUUUUUAAAGAAAAAAAGCAUUGUAUACAGUGACUGCUGCAUAAGAAUACGGGUAGCCUUCCUCUUCCCAUUGAGCCCUGACAGAUGCCACCGCUCCCUGAAGUGGUAGGCUUCGCUGUGUAAAAGCAUGUAAAAUUACCGUUGGAUCUUUCCUGUAAUUUUGUAGAAAUCUCUCAUUCUGAAGUGACAUGUUUGUUUCCGUAUCUUGUAUCCGAGCUGCGUAUUCACUCCAUUUGUGCUGAUCGCUACGAUGAAACACAGCGAACAAUGAUGUUUUAAACCUGAUGUAUUCAUCUGGAGUAAGGCCAGUGUUUGCUCGGUACUUUGAAACCUUAAAAUAAAGUUCUUAAUCUGAAUUGAAGCUGAUGUCUGCUUUUAUUAAGGAUAACAGGAAAGCAAAGUGAAUCCGUUCAAGCCUGAUGGAUAAUUUCUGAUGAGUUAUAACUAGGACAGUUGUAGCUCAGGGAGUACCGUAGUUGUAAUGAAUUCCAUCUGUUGGCACCAUCACACUGCCAAAACAAGAAACACGUAUCAUCUAAAAAAAAUCUUUUAAAAUGUGUGCUGAUUGUAGCACUUAAGCAACACCAGCCUUAUAUCUAAGUGCCUGCCUGGUCGCCACGGGAGACAAAGUACUGCAUGCAGGUGAGUGCAUGAAAUUGCACCCAAGUGAAUGUGUGGGCUGGCAGAGGCGGCAAAGGAAAUACUGCUCCUCUGCCCAGCACAGAAAGCAAGUGGGCUUCCAGAAGAGAAAAGCCAGCUCCUCCACUCCUAGCACAGAAAUGCAGCAGGUUGCUGGAGACAUGGAGCACCCCAUUUCUUUUCUGCCAGCCCCCAACCAGGACCUUCUUGCUUGCAGGUUUGUAGCUUUUGUGCCCUUCCUUACAAGGCCGAAGUAACAUGGCUGUUAAUGAAAACACAAACUAUUCUCAAAAUAAUUGUUCUAUUGCCAUAGAUAUACCAUAUCUUAAAUAAACAAACAAACAAACAAACAACCAACCAGAGUUGGGAUCCAGACAACUUGGCAUACAAACAGACCUAGGUUUAACUCUUUGCCUUAGCAUGCAAGUUCAUGCCCAUUUAUUUUGGGGAUGGAAAAAUCCUUGCUUUUUGAAGGAACAAGGCAACGGAUUCCAUAUGCUUUUUAGAAUUCCAGGCACAUGUUUGGGGAAGAUGCUGUGUACCGUGAGUUUGGACUCCCCUUCCGCCCCUCCCUCCAAAUUCACAUACUACAUUUUUGCAAUUUCCCCAUCAUAUUCUUGUUCCAUGUCUGUGAUAGAAAAUCCAGUUCCACAGCUUAAGAAAUCUCAUGUAUAGGCUGUGGCUAUUUGAAAGCUGCUUUGAAUGGCUACAGAUUUCUUAUAAGUAGCUCAUAAACUGCACAUCGCCAAACAGGAAAAUAAGUAGUUUCUCAUAUGCUCUUGAUGCUGAUGUUACGCUCCUAGAUUUAAUAUUUUCAAUGAGAUAAAAGGUUCUGUUUCAUAUACUCUUAGUGACAGGCAGUACUGACUUCCUUUUGUCAAAUUUAGCCUAUGAAUUCUUUCACAUGGGGGAAUAUGUUCUUGUAUUAUGCACAAAUUAUAGGCAAGAACUCUGUAGACUACCUUGUAAGAAGUGCAUUGACAGCAUUUAAGUACAUAGAGAAGUCUGUUCCAGUGUGUUAUGCUUCCAGUUCUGUGUAGUCUGCUCUGAAGAAUGUAAACUAAAGGCUACUUUUGAACUCAUAAGAACUGUAGAUACUAAAAGUUGACAUAAAUUAAUACAGUAUACAAAUUAAAGAGAGGGACCAUAUUCUGUUAUGUCUAAAAAAGCUGUUGACUAAAACAAAAUUACUAAUCCAGUUCCAUAGACAAAAUCAUGUACAUUUAAAAUGGUCAGUCAUUGAGGUGAAGAAUCUUGUCAGUUGCUAUGGUGUUAAUAUAAUAUGGUAUAACAUAAUUUGGUAAGGUGGUAGUUCUCCACUAGAUGGCCCCAAACCAUUUCUUUUGAUUAUCUGUAACAAAAGACUAAUUCUAAUAAAGUCAAUUAGAAUUUAGUCCCCGAUUAUUCACUAGCAAAAUCAGAUAUUAGCUAUUGACUACUGUGAGAAGAGGAAUCAGGGUUAAGGAUUAUUAGGAUUUCUAGUCUGCUUCCUCUCUGUUGAUGUAGGUCACAAUUUAAGGGCGGAAAUGCAUGCAUACAAUAACAAAGCAAAUAUAUACACAAAAACAUGCCAACCUCUCUACUGCAUUUACAGCUGCUACCCUGGUUAUCUAAAUCCAGCUCUCAAAGUUAGGCUGUUUUGAAAGGAUGCAGGGAAGUCUGCAAGGGAAUGAGGUUUCAUGGAACGCAAUAGUGAUUGCCCUGGGAUCAAGGACAGGAGCCUCUAAAGUAUGUAGGGCUGAAACCAUGACUUUGUAAAUAAAUUCACCUUUGUGCUUGGCUUAUUAUAGUGGCUAAUGUAGAUGUUGGAGGGCCACUGUAACAUGCUCCAUCACAGCAUUUUGUUUCAGCUUAAAACGUCCAGACAGUUUUCAAGCACAGUUUCACUAAUUGUGGCCUAGGUUUGAGGUAUUAAGUAAUUUACAACACCCAAUCGAUCUGAAUUGGAAAGAAAAGGCCUCAGACUUUGCACCCAUUAGAAUAAUAAUUUAUCAUGGUCGUCAUUAUUUAACCUCCUUUCAUACACACGUUUCAGGGUGAUGUACAAAAUUCAGUAAAAUUGGUGCAAGGCUCUCCUUGUCACUGCAACUGUCUCAAGAUUCAGGAGCCGGACCGGCACAAGACAUUGUUCCACUUGAGAUGGGAACCCACCUCCUUCCUAUUUUGCCUUUUGAAAUUACCGUAUUUUUUGCUCUAUAAGACUCACUUUUUCCCUACUAAAAAGUAAGGGGAAAUGUGUGUGCGUCUUAUGGAGCGAAUGCAGGCUGCGCAGCUAUCCCAGAAGCCAGAACAGCAAGAGGGAUUGCUGCUUUCGCUGCGCAGUGAUCCCGCUUGCUUUUCUGGCUCCUGAGAUUCAGAAUAUUUUUUUUCUUGUUUUCCUCCUCCAAAAACUAGGUGCGUCUUAUGGUCUGGUGUGUCUUAUAGAGCAAAAAAUACGGUAUGUUGAUGCUAUGUUAGCAGCAGCAGUGGCAAUCUGAGGCUUUUGGGGCUCUGAAGAUGCCUCACCAGCUGAUUUUUUUGCAUCAGUUGGCUAUGGAGAUAUGGCAGUGGUGAUGAUGGUGGCCCUAAAAGCAGUGGCUUGGGUGGGUGCACAUGGCUCAUGAUUGGCGCAGUUAAGGAGCAUCCCAAGCUUCUAUGAACCUUAAUGAUGAGGUGCCUCUGAAUGAUCGGGAGCAAUGGAAGUUCCUAAAUACUUAGGUGGAUUCAGUUGGUUCAAUUGGCCUUAUUGUCAUUUAAUUUUGUGCCUGAUUGUAGCUGGACGGUAGCUGGAAUCUGAUGGAAAGGAGAAACAAAAGUUGAAUGCUCUCAGCAUAAUGAUAAUUUUGUCAGUGAUUAGUGGAAGUUGGGUUUAUUUCUGGUAUUGCAUUAGGACAGGCAUAGGCAAACUCGGCCCUCCAGAUGUUUUGGGACUACAACUCCCAUCAUCCUUAGCUAACAGGACCAGUGGUCAGGAAUGAUGGGAAUUAUAGUCUCAAAACAUCUGGAGGGCUGAGUUUACCUAUGCCUGCAUUAGGAGAUUUCCCCCCCUGUUCUUUAGGACAGUGUGUAACCAUUCAUUCAUUUUAUUUGUAUGCCGCUUUCCCACAAAAAAUCCUGCUCAAAGCAGCUUACAACAGGAAUACAUUUCAAACAAACACUACAAAAACAAUUUCAUAAUAACAUAGCCAAACAAUAGCAAAUAUAAUAACAUACCAAAAACCACAUUUCAGUAUUAUAAAUAGAACAAGAUUACUUAAACAUGCAACAUCCAGUGGAAAAAAUAACAAGGGAGCUUCACCAUUUCACCUUAGUCCUAGAAACACCCCUCCCAUGAUUUUGCUCACAGUUAUAAGUCCUUACAUUUAAUUUGCAUAUGAGAGAGUUUGGAGUAGGCAUGCUAUUAUUGUUGUUUUUUUAGCAUUUAUGAAGCCAAAUACAAUGCAUAUUUACUUGUUAAUUUUAUCCCAUUGGAUCUGAUCAAUUUUGUUUUAAAUCAUAUUUUUAUUCUAAGCUGCUGUGUAUGGGUUUUUGGUUUUUUUAGAAAAGUAUAUUAAAUGUUUUAAACAUUUAAAAACUUUUUCCAAAAAAACCCACCCCAAAACCACUCAAAGCAAUUUAGAGUAAAAAUAUAUUAAAACCCAACAAAGGGAUAAAAAUCGCAAUUAGAAUAAACACCUCCCAAAAUAGCAAUUAAAAGCCACCAUCAACUCACCACAAAACCCGGGUAGAGAGGACCACCCCCUUCCUCUAUAGCUAAAAGAUUCCCAGACUGCAGCGAUAAAGGCCUUGCUCCUAGGUGUCAUUUUUCUAAUCUGACCUCAGUAAGGUAGAAGAGUGCAUGCAGAGCAAAGCCUGAUAUCAUGACUGCAGCUGCUGCAUAGGCCAGUCAUAUGGCCCCAUAGAUAUGUGUGCCCUAUGCUGUUAAGGGGUUUAAAGAUCAAGACAAGCAGUUUAAAGAGCUUCCAAAUAUUCCAGAAUAUAAAGCCAUGGUUUAAUGUUGGUUUGCGGAUCUUGGCUUGUGGAAAGGCAUUAACCAUAGUUCUCAGUUUAGACGUACCGUAUUUUUCGCCCUAUAGGACACACUUUUUCCCCUCCAAAAAUGAAGGGGAAAUGUGUGUGCGUCCUAUGGGGCAAAUGCAGGCUUUCACUGAAGCCUGGAGAGCGAGAGGGGUCGGUGCGCACCGACCCCUCUCGCUCUCCAGGCUUCAGGAAGCUAUCCGCAAGCCUUGCGAGCCCGGCGGGAGUUCCUGCUGGGCUCGCAAGGCUUGCGGGCAGCAGCCUGCAGCCCGAAGCACAGGGCGCGCUCUGGAGCGUGCCCCGUGCUUCUGGCAGAUGUCCGCAAGCCCUGCGAGCUUGGCGGGUGUUCCCGCCGGGCUCUGAAGGCUUGCCGAUAGCAGCCUGUUCUGGGGGCUAGGGUCGGGGGAAGCUCGGGCUUCCUCCGCCCCAGCCCGCGGCUGGGGGGGGGAAUAAUUUAUUUAUUUAUUUAUUUAUCCCCCCCCCAAAAAAACGAGGUGUGCCCUAUGGGCCAGUGCGCCCUAUAGGGCGAAAAAUACGGUAAGUGGAAGCUAGAGUGAACUGCAGCUUCUUAGUUUCUUUGCUUGCUCUUGCAAAGGAGGGGGUGAACAGGGGUGGGGGAGCAAGGGGCUUCAUGCUACAGUGGUACCUGGGAUUAAGAACUUGAUUCGUUCUGGAGGUCCAUUCUUAACCUGAAACUGUUCUUAACCUGAAGCACCACUUUAGCUAAUGGGGCUUCCUGCUGCCGCUGUGCCGCCGGAGCAUGAUUUCUGUUCUCAUCCUGAAGCAAAGUUCUUAAUCCAGGGUACUAUUUCUGGGUUAGCGGAGUCUAACCUGAAGUGUCUGUAACCUGAGGUACCACUGUAAUGCAUGAAGCUUGUCUCAGCUUCUUAAGACAGGAUUUGUUUGUGCCAACACAGCAGCCACCAUCUAUUCAGCCUGCAUCUCUGUUUUCAAGAAUUUUUCAAUGAUACAUGCCACAUUUUUUGAUAUAUGUCCAUUUAUUUCAUAACUGUGGCAUGUUGAAUGAACCUUACGGUAAUUCUUUUUCAUCUGAAAUCUUUCACCAGAUGUCCCUGGUAGAUUUGGGAAAGAAGCUUUUAGAAGCUGCACGAGCAGGACAAGAUGACGAAGUUCGCAUUUUGAUGGCCAAUGGUGCACCUUUUACUACAGACUGGGUAAUAAAAACAUAUUUUAUUUGUUUGUUUGAAUUGCAUGUUUUGCUUUUCUGUUGGUCUUUUGUUUAUAUUUCUGAGAGAAUCACUGGAUUAGUGACAUUUGAAAUAAGUGUAUAACAUCUGGAUCCAAAUUGUGUGACGAGAGCAGGUCCUGCUCAAUUUCAUGUUGGUAUGACAUUGAAUCCCACCUAAAGGGCGGGAUUCAACUAAUGAGUCCCACCAGUGGAAGCCCAUGCAAGGACUUCUGUUUGUGAAACAGGGCUAUGCCCUCUCUCCCCACCUCCUUGUGCCCCCUAAAAUUGAUUUGGGGGGUGGGAAUCAGGAGAAUCCCGAGAACAGCACACAGGGGGAGGCAGUUCAUUCCAAGCUGGAAUGAACAAGCUGGAAUGCUUGUGCUAGCAGAAUGUUCAACAGCAUAAUCUUGAAUUCCUCCUAAAGACCAUGAAGUUCCAAACCAGCCCAGUACGGGUAGCUUCAGUAUGAAUAUUCAACUUCUCCAUGACCACUGUCCUGGAGUUCUUCAACACUCUAGGGUAUCUUGACCAGCUCAGCCAGUAAUGAUGGUGGUAUUAAUUGUCUGACUGCAAUACUACAGCCUUAUUAUUAUUAUUAUUAUUAUUAUUAAAAAAACAUUUGUUCAAAGCAAGAAAAAAGCACAAAUAGUAAUUUAGAAAAUGUAGUCUUCUGACUGAUUGUCUAUGUAUUGGACUGGAUAUUUAUGAAUCGUGAAAUGUAGGAGUAACUAUGUGAGUAAGCAGGGCAAAGAUUAGUCACUUCAACAUCAAAAGUUAAGAAGAGCUAACCAAUCUGUGUGAGUUUAAUGAAAGCAGCCCCUUCCAGCAGUAUUUCUACAGGAUUGCAGGAACUUGUAGAAAACAUCGCCCCUAAAAGUAAACAAACAAACAAGAAAACCUCACCCUAAAUCAUUUAUGCACUUAAAAAAAUAAUAAUUCAUGGCACUCAAAAUUAAAUAUGUCAAGGAAGGGAUGCCAUUAAAUUAGAAGAGUAUAAAUAUUCUGUGUGUUCAUAACUAGAAGAUAGAUGGAAGUUAAUUCUUAGCCUGAUGUUUGUUUGUUUGUUUGUUUGUUUGUUUGUUUGUUUGUUAACUGUGCUAUAUAUUGUGUUGCAGUUGGGAACGUCUCCUCUUCAUCUAGCAGCACAAUAUGGGCACUAUUCCACCACUGAAGUGUUGCUUCGAGCUGGUGUAAGUCGGGAUGCCAGGACCAAAGUGGACAGAACUCCAUUACAUAUGGCAGCUUCUGAAGGCCAUGCAAGCAUAGUAGAAGUGUUACUUAAGGUAAAUAUAUAGAUAUAUGCACAUUUCGUGAUAACUGUUCAGAAGCUGAAAAAUGCUCAUUUGCUAGUUGAUGCGAAUAUGACUUUUCAUUAUCAGUGGCAUGCAAAGAAGCCUUCUAAAAAUAUUGCUUGGGCUCAAAGCGUGCCACAAAGGUUGUUCUUGUGCAAGCUGGGGUUUUGGUUCCUCCGCCUUGGAGCCCCUCUCCCCCACCCCCCACCAAAGCCAUAGGGUUGGAGGAUGUGGUGUACAGACGCAGAACAAACUGCCUUGCACUAAAUCAGCCCAUUGGUCCAUCUAGCUCACUGACUUGGGCCAAAGUUUCAGUAAGUUUUUCCUGCCCUAUCUGGAAAAGCUGGGGAUUUAACGCUGCGUUUAAAUUCUGUGCUGCGCCAUUAAGCUACUUCAGUGGAAAGCAUGCACACUGCUUUCCACAUAUUGUGCCCAUCCAUAAGCAACAAUGGUACAUUGUUUGUACAGAGAUGGUACAUUUUAGUUAACAAUUUAUUUAUUGUCAUUUUUUAAAAAGUCCAUGUUGUGUAUGCUUUGCUUGAUUGUGACUGACCAUGAAAUGGCAAAUACUGUAGAAGGCUGCAGGACUGGAAAUAACUAUUAAAUGGGCUGUGUCUUUCAGUUUUUGAACUCUUGAUGGGAAUUUGAAGUAGUUUGGGGUUUUUUGUUUUAUUUGUAGCAUGGCGCUGACGUAAAUGCAAAGGACAUGCUGAAGAUGACUGCUCUCCAUUGGGCUACAGAACAUAAUCACCAAGAAGUAGUGGAACUCUUAGUAAAAUAUGGAGCAGAUGUCCAUACGCAAAGUAAAUUUUGCAAAACAGCAUUUGACAUCGCUGUGGACAAUGGGUUUGAAGACCUGGCAGAAAUAUUACAGGUAACUCAAAACCAUCUUCAACAAAGUAUUUCCUGGACCUCUGUAAGAAUGUAAGAGCCUGCUAGAUUAGGCCAAUGGCCCAUCUAGUCCAGCAUUCUCACAGUGGCCCCCAGAUGCCUGUGGGAAACCUUAAGCAGGAGCUGAGCAAAUGAGUAUUCUUCUCGCCCCCUGUGGUUUUCAGCAACUGAUAUUCAGAAGCAUUACUCCCUCCAACCAAUCAGUUUGUUGAUUGAUAGCCACUUCUUCUAUCACAGCAGGUGACGCUGUGGGUUAAACCACUGUGCUGCUUCGGCUUGCUGAUCAAAUGGUCAGCGGUUCGAAUCCCCGUGACGCGGUGAGCUCCUGUUGUUCGGUCCCAGCUCCUGCCAACCUAGCAGUUCGAAAGCACGUCAAAGUGCAAGUAGAUAAAUAGGGACCGCUCCGGCGGGAAGGUAAACGGCGUUUCGUGCGCUGCUCUGGAUUUCGCCAGAAGCAGCUUAGUCAUGCUGGCCACAUGUCCCAGAAGCUGUACGCUGGCUCCCUCGGCCAAUAAAGCGAGAUGAGGGCCGCAACCCCAGAGUCGUUUGCGACUGGACUUAAUUGUCAGGGGUCCCUUUACCUUUUUAGCUUCCACUUUUUACCUUCUACUUGGUCAUCUUGCCUUUACUGAUGUUCUCACCAUAUUCAUUCUACCUAACGUUAGUCUGGUGCCCGUCCACAAAGUUAUUUGAAUUUACCUGAGUAUAGGUAUCAAUUGCAUUUUCAAAUGUCUCCUUUAUUUGCUGUGAACUAUACUGACUCCUCCUCUUCCUCUUAAUUCAUUAUCUGCCUUUCAUUCUAAGGUCCCAGGGCAGUUUAAAAGCAGUUCACAGUUUCUUUAAAAAAGAAAAAAAUGUCAAAAUACAAUAGUACAAUAACUAUACAAAAUCUGAGUGUGAUGGCUUUUCCCUCCUAAUGAAGGUGGAAAUAAGAUGUUCUUGUUGCCUGUUCUGUCAUAGAUUGCAAUGCAGAACCAAAUCAACACAAACCCAGAAAGUCCCGACACUGUGACGAUACAUGCAGCAACGCCUCAGUUCAUCAUUGGACCUGGCGGGGUAGUGAACCUAACAGGUCUGGUAUCUUCUGCAAAUACAUCAUAUACCUCAGGUAUUCAGGUGUACAGGGGGUUGGGAAUGAUUUGUUCACCAUAUUAAGCAAAAUGCUUAGGAAUAAAAUGAUGGUAAGGUUUCAGCAAGUGCAUCAUUUGCCGUUUAGUUUUUUCCAUCAUCCCCCAGUUCAGACUUUUUUAAUUGCUUAAAGUUUGUCUUUGGAAUCACCCUCCUUUCUUGUCCCCAUUUGUUCCAGUGGAAUGUGUACAGGAAACUAAGUCAGCUACUAAAAUAGAUGUGACGUUUGAUUGUGUAUGAGUUAUUCAAGCACAUGUCAGACUCUGGAUUUGCAGACAAGAUUAUGUCUUUGCACAUUACAUUUGAAAGGAAUAUUUAUGCAACCUGCUGACGUCGUUUGUGGUUUGACUUUUGUAUUAUCUCCUUGUAGAUGAUACAGGAGUGUCUGCUGUCCAGUUCGGUAAUUCCUCAACUUCAGUACUAGCAACUUUGGCUGCCUUAGCAGAAGCUUCAGCUCCAUUGUCCAACUCUUCAGAAACACCAGGUGAGGAAAAAAUAUUUGGAUGUUAAAACAGGGAUUCACAUUGUUAUUCAUUCAUUCAUUCAUUUAUUAAAAAGAAAGAAAACGGACAAAAUUUCAUCUUCACAAAAUCCUGAAAAAAAAUUAACAUUCUUCUUAUAAUAAUGCCAUUUCUAUGAAGGCAAUAAUGGCAAUCACUAUUUGAGCAGGAAAAUCAUUAUAAAUAGGAUUGCAAUUAAUGGCAAAGAUGAAAGCUUCUGACUUGCGUCUCCAUUGUAUUUGAUGUCUGAUCUUUCUGACAUAAAUCAUGUUCUACAGAUUUUGAUAGAAAGCCUUCUGGUGUACAUCCCGUCUUUUGUGAACUUCAAAGCUGAUUUUAAUAUAGCUGCUUGAAUGUAAAUGUCGCUGCUCAAAUUGCUGCUUUUUAUGGUUCAGCAUUGGCUUUUAAUGAUCUUUCUCCUGUUAAAACCUAAAAAAGGUAGUAUGGCCAAUGUUAGUUUGAGACUAAUAAGUACCCAGAAACAGGAUUUUGUUUAUUGCUGAGUGUUAAAAUAAUUUCUAAAUAUUAAAAUUUGAAUUUCUCAGUAUAAUAAGGUUACCCAUGUAUCAAACUCCAACUUUCUACCCAUUGAGAAAGUACCUGAAAAUGCCAAAACAUUUUUAUACUAGUAAAUCCAGUUUGCUUUAUGUCAGGUACUAAUAUGAAACAGCAAAUAAAUGUAUUUCCUUGUAUCAAUUGUGCUAGGCAUUCAGGUUUAGAAAACUGUAAUCUCCAUCUUUCGUCUUCGCCCCCCUCUUACCCCAGAUUGCGGUCAUUUUUAUUAUCUUUUGGUAGUGACAUGAUGGGUUUACAAAAAUUGGGCAUGCAUUGUAUAUGAAAAAGUGCUUUAGCUGCUCCUGCACUGAAGUUAGCUGUAAGUAUAAAGUGUGAUGAAGGGGGAAAGUCCCCCAAAGAGCCUUUCUCAGCCCUUUCUUCACACAAAGGUGUUGGAGAGAGAGGUUUGGAAGAGCGAGAUCUUACUCUCUCCUAACUGAGUUGAGCACAAUGACACUUGCUCCUAGCACAUUAAACCUUGGUUAGAUUUGCAUCUGCCCUUAUCCACCUUUAAACAAAUGUUUCCCACAAAAAUACUUAGGCUAGAAUAAACCACAGACACUUGACUUUCCAAAUAAGUGAAGAUUUUAUUCACAGUUUCCAGAAGUUACAACAAACAAGUAAAAUAAAGAGGAAAAAAGCUUCCAAAUGCCAUAAAGGAAAGCACUUGGUUUCCUUACAAAAAGGAUUGUGGAAUUUUUGGGUUAGCAAAGAUACAGGCUAUAAAAUCUCAUUUUUGAGAGAUUCAGUUCACUUGGUUUUUCUUGGAGUUGGGAGCCAUAGCCGCAUGGCUCCUUGCUUAUUCCAGGAAGCACAAAGAAAAAAUGACUGUGAGCAGGGAGCUGAAAACCUGCUAAGCCACACCCACUUGCAACCUGAGCUCAGGUUAACCCUUUCAUGCAUGCAAUUGUGAGUCAGUAACUACAGCCCCUUCCCAUAACAACACAACCAAAGUGCAAGUUGUAUUUGUAAGAAAGCUAAUAGGAUUUAAUAAAUCUAACAAAUUAAGGCCAGCAGAAUGGUUUCUGCAAACGGUAGGUAUUUAACUUUUUAAAAGCAAGUUUGUCAAUAAACAUCCUGAUUACUCUUAUCCUUUUUAUUAUUUAACAGUUGUGGCUACAGAAGAAGUAGUGACUGCAGAAUCUGUGGAUGGUGCAAUUCAGCAAGUUGUCAGUUCCGGAGGUCAGCAGGUUAUUACCAUAGUAACUGAUGGGAUUCAGCUUGGAAACCUCCAUUCCAUUCCAACUAGUGGAAUGGGUCAGCCCAUUAUUGUGACCAUGCCAGAUGGGCAACAAGGUGAGCUGAAAGGAAAUGUAAAAUGAGGACUUCAAAUCCUCUUCUGAACAAUGCAUAUAAAUAUUUUUGCUUAGUUUUUGCAUUCAACUCAAUAGUCACUCGAGGCCACAAUUUAUUUAUUUUUGAAGGGGCAAAAUGGGAAUACAAAUGGCUCAGGAAAAACAGUAGCUUUUAAGGGAGCAACUAGCAAGUGUGCUAUAAAAAGGGAGCAACAUUAGGGUGUGCUAUAAAUCAAUAUAUAGCCUGAUAACAAAUAAUAGAGCAAAUCAUGAUAACCGUUUUUUUUAAAAAACGACCUUGCAGUUUAUCACAGAUUGUGUGUGUGGUAUUUGAAAAAGCACAAUAUUGUGUGUGCAGCCCUUGCUAACUGUACAUCAGCCAGUUCUUCGCUGCCUCUUGCAGGGGCAAGAAAUCGCUACAGUAGGCUGAUUCAAAUACAGUGACUUGGUUUUCAAAUGUAAUCCGUUCCGGAAGAACGUUUGUAUUCCGAAAUGUUCGAAAACUCAGUACGGAAGCCUCAAAAUGGAAAACUGAAUAAGGAAGCCAUGUUUCCCGUUUGACUUCCGAGGCUCAUUGGAAAACAGAAACAUUUACUUCCGGGUUUACAGCAUUUGAAAACCAAAAUGUUCAUCAACGGCAGGGGUCAGCAAACUUUUUCUAGGGGGAGGCCAGUUCACUGUCCCUCAAAACUUAUGGCGGGCUGGACCGGGCAUGUACACACCUUGCCUCCCUCCCUUAGAGACAGUGCAGCUGAGAUACCUCCACUCACUGCGUUCAGACAGAGAGGGCUGGGCUGGGGAGGGGGCGCCCCGCCGGCGCUGGGUCUCAACUUGCGCAGAGGGGCUGCAGCCACCUGACCAUGCUGCUAAUGUGCCACUACCGAGCAGCACAGAAGAGUCUUCCUCCUCUCUCCUCGCAGGCUCUCUGCUCUCGCUUCUUCCUGCCCCUUCGCUUCUUCUCCCUUCUUGGAGCUAGACGUCAACAAGGCGCCCUGCCCUGUGCCUCGCCCCGAUUGGAGCAGCGAGUCUCGGGAAGGGUCGCCAUUGGCCGCCGUCUCGCGUCAAACUGGCCAAUGGAGGGGAGGCCUGAGGUUGCUAAGGCUUCAGAAUGGCCAGUGUUGCGGAAGUCUGAGCAACCUUAGAGUAUGCUGGGAGUUGUAGUUCGGGGAGGGGUCGCAAAAAAAAUGGCGCCCCCCCCUCAAAAAUGGAAAAAAAUGGUGAUCGCGCCGAUCCAAGCGGCGAUUGCAGAACUGUUUGCGGGCCGGAUCCAGAGGGCAAUUGGGCCGGAUCCAGCCCGCGGGCCGUAGUUUGCUGACCCCUGGUCAAUGGAGACAUUCGAAAAUUGAGGUACAGUGGUACCUCGGGUUACAGAUGCUUCGGGUUACAAACUCCGCUAACCAGGAAGUGGCUGCUCCAGGUUAAGAACUUUGCCCCAGAAUAAGAAUGGAAAUCGUGUGCCAGCGGCGCAGCAGCAACAGGAGGCCCCUUUAGCAAAAGCACACUGCAGGUUAAGAACUGUGUCAGGUUGAGAACGGACCUCUGGAACGAAUUAAGUUCUUAACCCGAGGUACCACUGUAUCUCCAAGCUCUCUGAGAAACAGAGCUCAGAGCACCAGUUAGCACUCAGUAUCAGUGUCUCCUGCAGUGGAGCAGAUAGCUACAAGUCGCUACAGCAAGCUGACUAAAAAAUCGCCUAGCAGGCUGACUCAAAUAUUGCCAAGCACGUAUUGCCAAACAGAACUUUGAGAAACAGCUCUCCAUCUCCCCAGCUGGCUUCCCCCAAGGCUCUUGCGGCCACAAGAUGGUUCUUUAGCUCAGUCUGCCCUGCAAUGCUUCUCUCUAUCUCUUUCUCAGAAUGAAGGAGUGCUCAAGGAAUCACUCAAAUCUAUUAUGGUUUAGCAAAAUAUCUGAAUGUAAACGGCAUUUCCAUGCGCUCUGGCACUCGUUAUGGUCCUCCGUGCGCCAGUAGCAGUUUAGUCAUGCUGGCCCAUGACCUGGAAAGCUGUCUGUGGACAAACGCCGGCUCCCUCAGCCUGAAAAGCGAGAUGAGCACCUCAUCCCAUAGUUGCCUUUGGCUGGACUUAACCUCCAGGGGUUCUUUUACUUGAAUGUAGCAUGUGUAAUCUUCAUAUUUCUGAUGCAAAUUAUUUUAAUUCAAGUCCUUACAGUACCAGCGACUGACAUUGCUGAAGAAACGGUGAUCAGUGAAGAGCCUCCGGUCAAGAGACAGUGUAUUGAGAUAGUUGAAAAUCGGGUGGAGUCUGCAGAAAUAGAAGUAAGGAAUUUGUUAGCGGAGUUGUUUUAUUCAAAUUUUCUAAACUGAGUGUUUAUUUUCAUCUUGCUUAAUAGUUUUUUUGUAUUACCACAAAAUAAGAUAUUUAUAACUGCAUUAUAUGUUUGUCUCUGAUAUAUUUGUUGUAAAUGUUUAAUAUAAAUGUCCCAUUGCAUGUGGUUUGAUGGCCUUAAAUAUAGUAUCCGUUUUUCAAUGACAAACAAAGAUUUGGUGUAAAUGGAGAAGCCAAGAAUAAAUAUUUUCUUUAGAUUUCCCCCCAAAGAUGAUAUUAUCCGACCAAACUUAAAAUAUUUAUACUAUUAUGCAUAGUAUACUAAAGUUUUGGUAUAAAAUGUCAUAGAUUUUCUCCCUGAAGUUCUUCUUGUUUACGUUUUGUAUAAAAUAAGGACACUGUUGAACCCAUGUGUGCAUUUAUAUUAGCAGCUUUACCAGUUUGUGGUCAAAAGCCUACGUACAUCAUAACUGUGAUGAUGUUAAUGUUAAGUAAUUGUAUUUUCAAAAUUAUGAAUCAUAAAGAUUUUGUUCCUUGUAUACAGGCUGAAAAGUUGCUUAACGCAAAUUCAGUAAAUAAGUUUAGCUAUCAUCUCAGUUCCAUUAUUUCUCCUCUUAAUGUGGUGUUGGAUGAAAUACCUUCAUCAUCCAAGGUUUGGGUUUUAGUGCAGAAUUUUAUUACUUGUCUUUGUUCUUUGUGAUACAGGCAAAAAUUUAUUCUUACAAUAAAAACCCAUCAACAGUCUUUUUACACAUUAUCACCCUGAUUUUCUUUUCAUUAAAAGGUUUCUCAGUGAGAAUGUAGAAUGGACUCUGUUGUCAUGCUACAGGAAUGAAUUAGAUAUUAAAAAUAUAGCUGUCCAUUUAGAUUUCAUUUGAAAGGUACCGUAUUGGCCCGAAUAUAAGCCACUUUCCCCCCAAAUUCUGACAGUGAAAAGUUAAAGUGCGGCUUAUAUUUGUGACCUUAUGCCACCAGCGAGGCUCAUCCCCCAGAGAGCAGCCCGGGAGGAGGUUUGGGAGCAGUGGGCAGGCUGGGCGCCAUUGCCCCAGGCUCCCAGGCUGCUCUUGGGGGGGGACCGCUCCCCUUUGCCAGCGACCUCCCCCCUUCCUCCCUCUUCCCGGCGGCUCAGGGGAGGCUUGGGAGUGGCGGGCGAGCUACAUGCCGUUGCCCCGUUCUGGGGGUGGGGGAGCCGCGCUACUUUGAUGGCAGCCUCCCCCCCCCAAGCAGUCCGGGAGAACAGGGGAAUGUCUUUUUUCUCCCACCCCCCUGAAUUUUGAAGGUGCAGCUUAUUUGCGGAUGCAGCUUAUAUUCGGGCCAAUACGGUACAGUUUGAGUGUUAAAUUGAGGUAGAGCAUUCCUAGACUCAGCAAAAUAAGUAAAAUAAGCCUCUGUUUGUGUGGUGCUCAGCAUUGCUACAGGAGAAGAUGCCUGCUUUAGAAAAUUGUUAUUGAUUUUCUUCUUGUUCUCCAACUCAAAUCAUAUGUCCCACUUCACUAUGGGAAAAAUGGCAUUCUGCUUUUAGGUAUACAUAGUAUACUUUAGAUAUACUAUUAUUUUUAGAGUUAUAAGUUACCAUCAGUGUACAGAGUACUUUACAGAGUUUUAUAAGCAAUCUACAUUUUGACAGUGGUGAAGAUAACAUGUAGAGGGAAGGGAUGGCAAAGCAAGGGCCACUUGGGAUGGCACUGAGCAGCUGUGCAUUUAGGUUUCAUUUUAGUAAGGGAUGCAGAUUAACAUAUUCAGACAAAGGUUCGCCAGGGAAAGUGAGUACCGAGGAAGGAUUUCACCACAUAUUUGUCCUCAAGGAGGAACGUCUAAGCAAGAACAAAUGGGCAGAAUUGUUGGAGAGCAAGAGACCUUUGAGCAAUCAGAAUAAUAGGCUGACCAACAGUUAUCAGGUACCUGAAUUGCUAGUUUUUGAGUGCUGGAGCACAAUUCAACUGGAUGAUGCAAAAAUUGACAGUAACAGGAAAAGAAUUUAGAACACAAACCAUAGAUAGGAUGGACUUGUGCCUCAGUCCCAAAUAUAUUUACCGGGGACUAGAUAAAGUUAAGAUUAAUAAAGCUUAUUCCCAGAAAGUAUGAUUGGGAUCAUUCUGUAAGGGAAAAAGGCAUAUCAUCAGAAGGAAGAAGAGGAAGGUUAUUAUUUUUUACCCUGCUAUUUCAUUUCAACAAAACAGUGUUUACAGAUGGACCUUCUUGGUCCCUUUUAUAUUGUACUACCUAGUGAUUGAAGUGGAAACCAUGGCUGAAAUUAGCUUACUUGUUUUUUUUAAAAAAUGGAGUCCUUUAAAGGGGGGGGAGGCUUUUGCUUGUGUAAGGAUCAGAACAAAGCUAUUUCCUAGGCAAUUAUUCUUAAUAAGGUGGAAAUGCUGCCUUUUGGAUCAUGUAAGAUCGCAGCAUGUCAUGAGCUGGUCAUUUGGGUUCACCAAAAUUCCAAGCUGGCUAUUUUGUAGGAUGGAGAAAAUGUCUUUUGCUUUUGAACUCAAGUGCUUUUUCUUGACCAUGAAACUGUUCUCAGUCAUCAAAUGAAAAUGGAAUAGGUGGGUUGGCUCAACACUUGACUUUGUUGAAUUACAUGUCAAAUUAAGCAGGGUGUGGGGAGUCAGUCAAUCCAGUCACUAUUUAAAGAGCAGUGCCCUUUGUGUGUGUGGAGGGGGAACAGCCUUAGAAUAAAAGUCCAAAGUAAAAAUUCGUGACAGAUGUGUUCUUCAAAAGAAUAAGAAUGUUUGCAAGGAAUAGCAUUAUGCUAUCCAACUGCACAGGAAACCCUCACAUAAUAAUUGCCUUGUGUGACUGAUGUAACAAGCGAAUGCUGUAUCUUCAUGUUGAAAUGGGAAAAUAAUUUUGCCAUCGGUGGGAAGAGAAUCAAGCCUGAAUUUUUUUUAGUGCAAACCCCUGCAGCAGUACAAUCCUACCGUUUGGCCCCUGUUUUCUGUCUCUCAAAUGCCUUGCAUAGUGCCCUGGUUCAGGAGGCAGCCCACUUGGUCCAUAGAACCUCUGCAGUUAGCCUUCUGAGAUAUUGGCCGUGCUUCUCCCCGUGUAAUUUCAUCUAAGGCUGUCUCUCUGGUUCUCAGUGGCUGCUGCCAAUCAAUUUCCAGGCGCAACAUUUAAUCUAUGUAAAAUGCUGUUUCACAAAAAUAACUAUGUAACAGCCCUGUAAUUUGAAUAUUUUUUAAAAAACCAUGCAUUUAUUUCACAGUAUUCCUAAUGUUCACCUGAUAAAAACAGACAGUCUUGUAGUCUGUGCCUGGAAAACAUCUAAAUAUGUCAAACACUUACUCCCUCAAGCUUUCUUCCUCAAGCUAAUAAAAAGUUAUUAUUGCCUGGAAAAAAACCAAAAACAUUUCCUUACCCUGCACAUGUAAUAGAGAAGACAGGGAUACCAGCACUAAUUGCUGAGAAAUGGCAGAUGAGAGCUCCUUGGAGGAUGGGGUGGGCAGACUGGUACAUGGCAGUGAGCUCAGUGCAGUUCUGGUACUCAGAACAAAUCCCUAAGCUCGAAAUUCUUAAAUUGCAAAUGUGUGUAUUUUGCAUCAUUCGACAGAUAUCGGGGUUCUAAUACAAAAAACAAUUGAUCCUACAAUCCCCAGGCCUGUCCGCCAAGGCUAGCAACUAGUUUUACUUGUGGGCCACUUUGGAGAAGUCAAGGUAUGAAAGGAAGAAGAGCAUCUUCCAAGUCAGUCACCCUUAGUUUGCAACUUGGAGAACAAGGCUUGGGAGUACUUGUCUCAUGCCUGGUCUCAGUCUCUCUUCCCACUGCUUUUCCUCUGGAAAGAAUGGAGGGAAAGAGGAGGUUUGGGGCGAGGGCCUGAAUAGAUAGCACCCUUAGAAAUCAAAUUCAGGCACUAGUUACCUAUUUCAUAGUGGUUGUGAUAACGCAGUGAGAGAACAGCAUAUUUUAACUAUCAUGUUAGAAUAGCCCUUAGAUGGUAUCAUUGGGCAACCAGCUGAUGUCAUAAUGGGGACUCAGCAGGCAGAGGAGCCAUGACCUUUCUGGUCGCCGGAUAUUGCAGGGUAGUAGUGCACAACAUCCUUGUGCAAGGCAGUGGGAACUUGGGAGACCUUAGAAAUUUAGCCAACUAAAUUCUACUCAGAGUAAAUCCAUUGAAAUCAAUGUAUCUGAGAUGGUUGUGGUCAUUAAUAUCAAUAGAUCUGAGUAGGACUUAGUUGGAUAGAAUGUGUACUGAUUUUAUGUUAUAACCAUCCUGAGACCUGUGGAUAUAGUGCCGUAUACAAAUUUAAUAAUAAUAGUAACCCAGGGUUCUGAGUUCCUUCUCCAAACAUUCCUACAUGAAAUGCCACAAUUUAUUGUGUGUUCUCCAUGGACUUCUUUCCUGCAAGUUGUUUGGGUGGUUUUGGAGCCCAAUAAUGGAAGGUUGUUGGCUACAGAUAAAGGGCAUGUGAUACAAUAGAGUGGAAAGAAAUCUAAAGAAGUAUAACUUUGAAUAAAGAGGGGAAGAUUGUGUUUAAGUUCUCCUGGUACAUUUUAGCAUUCUUACGCACUUGCCGCUAAAUUUCAGUGUGCUGGUACCGGUCUUUGGGGUCAGCAAGCUGAUGUGAGUGCAAGAAUUCAGACUUCUGGUUUGUAGACUGUAGACAUCUAUCUUAAUCCAAAACACGGUGAGAUAGCACACACAAUUCUAAUCAUGUGAUGGACAGAGGGGAUGUUCAUGAUCGCUCCAUGCCGCCUUUCCCAUCACCAUCUUUGUUGCCUCCCAGAGAUCGGAGGCAAACAUCUGCAGCAGGGAGCUUCCUCUACAUGACUUGUGACUCACAUGACUUGUGACUCCAGAAGAUCAGGUUUCUCAACUGUACAUGAAGCCUAUACACAUAAGAAAGUCUCAUGGCUAAAGUUAUCCCCAAGUUAGCUCAGACCCUUGCCUUAUAUCCACCAGCAGUCACGCUUUCACUGUUGUGGAUCAAAGAGAACAACAACUGCCAGACUUUUAGAAGACAUCUGAAGGCAGCCCAGUUUAGGGAAGCUUUUAAUGUUUGAUGUAUUACAGUAUUUUAAUAUUUUUUUGGAAGCCGCCCAGAGUGACUGGGGAAGCCCAGCCAGAUGGGCGGGGGUAUAAAUAAUAUAUAUUAUUAUUAUUAUUAUUAUUAUUAUUAUUAUUAUUAUUAUUUAUUAUUAUUAUUUUGUGGAACUCCUGCCUGGCUGAGAUCAGGCAGGCCACGCUCCCUGUUGAGCUUCUGGCAUUUAAUUUUGGCAGGCAUUUUAAGUAAGCUUUCUUGAUUUCGACUGGCUUGACUUUAUUGUAUGUUUUGUAACCUUUCUGUACACAGCUUAGAGACUACAGACACGAGUUAGAAUGCCUGAAUAGGGCUUGCUAAUCCCAUUGAUUUCACAACAUUUCCAGGAAUAGAAUAGAAUAGAAUUUAAGGAUUUGGGAUUCAAAGGCAAUUACACUUUUCUCCACUCUGUCGUCCUUCUAACAUCCAUCUCCAUUUGCCGUGUUACAACAUUAUUGGAGGAUAAAAAGGGAAGGGACAUAGGACCAGGCAUAUGCAGCCCUUAGUUCCUUGGAGAAUAGGCAUAUAAAGAUGUUUUAUUCUGUUUAAUAUUCUGUUGGGAGCUGCCCAGAGUGGCUGAGGAAACCCAGCCAGAUGGGUGGGGUAUAAAUAAUAAAUUAUUAUUACUAUAUACAGUGGUACCUUGUUUCUUGAAUUUAAUUCAUUCUGGGAGUCUGUUCAAAAACGAAGGUGCAGCUUCCAAUUGGUUUCAGGAGCUUCCUGCACUCAAUUGGAAGCCGCGUCGGACAUUUGGCUUCCGAAAAACGUUCACAAACCGCAACACUCACUUCCGGGUUUGCGUCAUUUGGGAGCCGAUUUGUCUGGGUUUUUUUCUUCAAAUUUUUUAAUUGAUUUUCCAAAAAAUUUUAAACAAACAAACUGACAAACAUAGAUCUUAACCAUAUUUAGACAAAUCUUAGUAGAAUUGUUAAAUGACUUCCUCAAAUCCCCCUAAUUGAGUUUCAGUGUAUAUCCUUUUAACAGUUUUCCAAAACCAUUUUUCUCAUAAAAUUAACUUAAACCCUGGGAGCCGAUUUGUUUGGGAGCCAAGCCGUUCAAAAACCAAGGUACCACUGUAGAUGUAACAAAAUAAUUGUGUAGGUCACUAACUCAGUAGAGAAUUUGGGGAGAGGCAUAAUAUUUGGAUGAUGAAAUAAUAUGCAUUUGAAAAGGUUUAUAAUAGGACACAUGGGGGGAAGGUGGGAAGUCUAGAGAUUCAGUGAAAUAUCCAAAUAUGGACAUGUAUUUUGUAUUGUUAUAACUUGUAAAAUCAAAUAAAAAUUAUUUCAAAAAAGGAGAGCUGUUUAUAGGCAGAAUUUGUAACAGAAGAAUUAAAAGUAGCUGUUAAACUAUUAAGUGGAAAGCUAGAUUAACUUCCUUCUUCUCCAGACUUAAUUAUUCUGUUGCUAAAAUUAAUUGCAAGGCUAUGCUUGUUAACAGCUAGCCAAUUGGUUAUAGAAGGGAUCUUUUAAAACUAGCCUGUUCCGAUAUUUUAUGCCACAUACGUCAAAUUGUCUGACUUUCUGUGAUAUCAUGUUCCCUUAUUUAGAAUAUUUUAAAAUUAACUAUUUCCCCUCUCCCCCCACUUCAAAGAAUAACCUCAAGGAACAUGCCAGAAUUCCUGUAUAUUUGUUCUUCAGAUACAAUGAAGUGGCACUUUUAAACAAGUGCAAACCAGCCAUUGAUUCAUUUUUCACACAAUUUACCUAUACCUUUCUGUGUUAUGUUUUAACAGGAAAGAGAAACUUUACAGAAGCAGCUGGAUGAGGCAAACCGGGAAGCGCAGAAGUACCGCCAGCAGCUUCUGAAGAAGGAGCAGGAGGCAGAAGCCUAUAGGCAGAAGUUGGAGGCAAUGACCCGCCUCCAGACUAACAAAGAAGCUGUCUGAAUGGUUGAAGCGAGCAUUCUGUCAAGCCAGUUUAGAAAACAGCAGUACAAUCUGGACCUGCGUGUCGCAUCAGCCGCAGCCCCGGGAUUAUAUGCUAGAGAAGAUGCUACAGGUUUGAAACUGGACUUAAGCCAUGAGUUCUGGUGAAUUUCUUGUAUAAUAAGUAAACUCAGAAUUUAGACAUUUUGUGCAAAAAAAGAAAAAAAAUAUUUAAAAAGAAAUACUGUAAAUAGUUGUUUUUUUACAGUUCCAAAAUUAGUUGCUGAAUCUUUUUGAAGGGAUCCACAAACAUGCAAAGGCAAUGUUUUUGAGACCUUUUUGAUUUUAGUACAAAACUGCUGAAAUACAGAACAGUUUUAAGGGUGAUAACUGUUGAUUUGAACUGACGGUGUGAAAAUGAAUUAUGUGAUGGAACCAGUCCCGAAGGCUAGCAACUUAGACUUCUGAGUUCAUACAUCUCCUCAUGGAAAUCCUUUGUACAGCUUUAAGUAGUCGUCCAGAGUCUCUGAACCCUGCCCCUCCCUUUUUUAUUUAGAAAAAGUGUAAUUUUUUAUAUUUAAUUACUGUUAUAUUCAAGUAGAUUGACAUGUAUAUGAAGCUGAUAUUUUUUAAACUUUUCAGUUUGUACAUAUGCUGCAUGUUUAUAUCUAUAUAUAUAUCUAUAUAUAGGUAUAUAGAUAUAUAAUUUCUACAUACAACUUACAGAAGUAUUUUUCAGGAAAGAAGAGUGAAAAUUAUGAGAAAAAAUGUCUAAUCUAUAGGUCAUGGGUGGGGAGACAGAAGCAAGCUGGUGGUUUGUUGUUGUUUUAUGCGAGUCCCAUUUCUUGAUGAAAUGUAACUUGAGAGAAGAGAAAGAAAACCAAGACAGGUUUGUAUGUAAACCAGCCUUCGCGCCAACCUGGUGCCUUCGGAUUGUUUUUGGAUCACAACUCCUAUCACUGCCAGCCAGCUUGACUGUGCUGCUUGGGGCUGAUGGGAGUUGUAGUUCAGAAACAUACUGAGGUCACCAGGUUGGCGCGAAGGCUGAUGUAAUAUAUGGAUUAUUUGAAAUGUAUUCUACGUGGAGCAUGAAAUCACAUUUCUAGCGUGUCUAGCAAAUCUGGGCCACAAAUCCACAGGUGGAGACCAAGUUGCAAAGCAGUCCAGUUAACUUUCCCUCUCCUCCUAUGCUGCCACCUUAACUUUGCAGGCUCUUCACUUUUCUUCACUUCCAAGCAUUACAAAGAAAGUGGCUGCGAUUGUUCUUUGUGAUGGGUGGAGAGGGGUUGCAGAGUCCACUUUAAAGAACCUAUAGGUGAAUGACACAGAGCUGUACGGUAUAACAUGAUUCUUAUCGACCAAAAGCAAACGCGAAUGAGCUGAGCUCAUUGAAAACAUUUGACGAUAUCUAUGCAUGCAGUUGUCUCUAUAGCAAAAGGUGGUAUCGCAUGAGCUGCACAAAUUUCCGAAGAGGGUGGAGUUAUUUGACAGGAAGGAGUCCAGAUUUACAACAGCAUAUAGCAAUUCACUUAUUUGUGUGUAACACGGGCACAGAAGGAACUUGGCUCAAGCUGAACUCGAGCUAUUGCCUAUCUGGUUCAGCAAGAGCAUAGAGGUUGCGCAGUGGAGGAGAAAAGGUUAAACUGGAACCAUAGAGAGAGCUGCUGCCCACACUGCAACCUCUCCUCGCUCCGCUCUCGUCUUUCAGGACCGUGACUUUCUUGUAAUAACAGUAUAAAGAAAUAUUGGAACGCUGGGUGCAAUAGCAGGGCUCUUCUCCUCUGCAAGCCCCUUCAAAUUAACGCAAGAAUGCAGAAGAUUUGAGCAGCUUGGAUUCACUUUCCGUAGAAACCACACAGGUGAAGCCUGCAAAUUCUUUCAUUCCCUCUGCUCCACCACUCUUGCGAUCUCUGCUCUUGCUUGUUUCAGUGGAGCUUUUCAAAAGGGAAACUUUUGAAUUCGGAUUUCUUCACUUAAGAUCUACAGUUGAGCAACAACAUAAAUAUAUACGAUGAGUUGAUACUGUUGUUGCCUACAGUUUUUUCUGAUGGCUAGGAUUAUGUUUGAAUUUGUGCAGUCAUCAAAGAUAAGAUACAUAGCACUUCUAGUGUACAACACUGUAUCUUUUUGAAGCUUUGUAAUAUCAAGAAAUAGGUGGCAGCCCUAAAUCACUAUUACGUUUGAGAAUAUCGGAGUGUUGUCACAUCCUGGGGAAGGAGUCAGCACUUGGUCCCAGGAACUGGGAUUGAAGGGGAAAGAGAUGUAAUCUCACAUACCAAGGACCUCACAACUCAAGUCUGCUUUACACAUGCAGCAAGAAUGAGAGGUAGAACAGACUGUACCACUUCCGGUUGCAGGUGGAGACUGUCAUUUUUUAAUGUUCCCUCGUGCUUUUUUUUUUGUAAAGAAAACUUGCAAGAAGAAAGCUAGCACAUUGGAGGGAAUGGUGCUGAUCCAGCCUUCUGCCUUGUGUGCUAGUUUUCUACUUGCAGGAGGCUUUUUCAAAUUUAUUUUUACACAGUGGAAUGUUCAGAAACAUGACUGACUUUCUCGGGCAGUACAGCCUUUUCUAUCGCGUCACCCUGCUGCAAGUGUAGACCCAGCCAGAGUGCUUCAGAACCAAGAGCAACAUUCAGAUACCUGUGGCUUUUAGACCUUCACUUAGACCAUACUGCCUUAAAGAUUACUGAGUCUACAUUGCGUUACACUUCAAACUACUGUUCAGCUCCUUUAUUUCAGAGUAUACUUUGUAUUUGAUUUGUGCUUUGCUGUGUCUGUUUCAGUGCUUUUAUGAAAAUGUAUAACUUUAUAAAAUCAUCUAGAUGACCUAUACAAAAUAAUUGCCCUUAAAACUGUACUCUGGCCUACUUUUUCUAUUUACAAUUAAAUAUCUUUUCCACAA